CCAACCUACAGCACGGAUAACUACUAACUAAUUACUAUUCACCUUCAUCCGCCUCCACUCAGUCUAGACACCUAUGCGCCAUGAGCCGAGUUCAACUCGGAUUGCUAGAUCAAUCAUCAUAGGCCACAACAUGAUUAUAAUUCUGACUCCCUUGUACGAGGAUUGGACAUUCAUUGCUUGUAUCUUGCUUCGCGAAUAGUCUUCAAGAUGCCCGACGGAAGUAUAAGCAGCUCAUCUGACGAAGGGGUAAAAUACAGUGAAGAGUCACCUUCAAGUCCCAAGCAACCUAGCCACACUAAAAAGUCGGUCGUCAAUGAUAUUCAGAUAUCUGACACUCGACCUAAAGCAGUGCCUCCGACAGCAACAACCCAGUCGUCGCACACACCAAAUACUGCUAAAACUGAACUUACAAUACAGCCAAUGAAUGCGAUUUCCAACAGCAACCCAACAAAGUCGGAUGAGGACGAGCCUCCAAAGUCUGUGAUACAUGCACCUACUGGGUUCGGCGAGUUUGUAAAUGGCGUGCAAUACUUUAGCAGCCCUUCACAGUCAGAGUCAGAUGGAGCAGAAACCUUAGCAUCAAACGUGGUGGCACCUCCUUCCGUGAGCACUGGACCUGAACAGUCGGCCAAGGAGAAUCAAUAUGGUCCGACAUCACCACCGCCGCUGACUACUACAUCGAUUCAACCAGCCAGAGACUGGUUUGAACGAGCAACCCCACGUGCACAAACAAGGCAGGAGUUCCUCGACAUUAGCAAAGAUGUCCAUUCCACCAGUCAUAAAGUAUCAGAAAUGGCCGUAAAUCACUGCGAGGAACAGCCAUUAUUCACCAGGCCCUCGGUCAAUAGAGAACUGGCUUUCUCAAGAAACGCGACUGCUGAAGAGGCUGGCCAACAUACAAAUGGAAAACCCGAAAGUCACCACUCACAAGUUGUACAAUUGUCUGAUGAAGAAUCAGAGAUUCGUGCUUUACAAGCAGCUCUGGCUGAAUGCUGGGCUCUGUGCAAUACACUGGCAACACUAAGCUCCAUCCACCGUGAACGUCAUGGAUGCACUGUGGAUACUCGGGAGGACGUCUGGAGAUCGUGCUGGCGAUUGUGCCAGGAAUUGUACGACAGUCAUAGUGAUGAUCGUGCACCGCAAAUCAACCCAACGCUUGACCUUUGCAGAGACUUCUGCCAAACACUAUUCGAGACCCGCGUCAGAAACGACGAGAAUGCUGAUUCUGUUCUCCGUGUUAGCUUCGAGCUGAACAAUCAUCUGUACAAUACACACGACCGUAACCUCCCAGAUGCUUUCAGAGAAAGAACCUUGGACUUCUACAUCACUAUAUGUCACCGCCUGAUGAAACAAAGGACACUUGUAUCAGAAACAGACUCCCUUUUGAGCGCCUGCUGGUCCCUAGCAGAAAUGCUUUUCAGCAUACGUCAGAGUAUCAAAGAAGGUAAAAGGCUAGGUGAGGAAUUGCUUGGUUCUGCAGUUCAGGCUUGUUGGGAACUAUGCGAUAUCUUCCGUGAAGGUUGGACUCAACGUACUCUUCGAAACUCUGAUCGAGGUACACCCCGGCCAAGUCAAGCAACCUUUACUACACAGGUCGUUCAAAAACCAAAACCAUUGGAGUCUGGUUCAGUUGAUGAGUUGAUAAAUCAACAAGGAAACCCCGAGACACCAACAACAAUAUUCGACGAUACCGCAACUGUGUCGCCCGAUGACGCACCAGUACAGAAUAUCUUCGUCUUGGGCCAAGGCCCAGGUCAGUCUUCGCACGCCUGGUCGUCUAAUUCGUCUAAUAUCUCGGGUCAAAGCCAGUCUUCAGAACAAACAUCUUCCACGCAGACGGUAAAGACAUCAUCCCGGGAUCCAAACCUGGCAUGUGUUCGGAUAUUAGUGACCCAGGCCGCAAUAAAUAGCGGAUUCCAGCGCGUCGGGCCACAUAGUUUUCCUUCAUUCGUCAAGUCGCUUUCUUCGGACGCGUUUGGGUCGAUGCCAUGGCAGGUUGCACUCCUGAAGAAUUACAAGCAAUUGGUAGCAUUCGAUCCGACAUUUAGGAGUGUGGGUCCCUCAGCUCGAGCGGGUGCAGCUGAUGUGGCAUGCGCUGUUGAAGUGAUGAUGCAGAGCGGGCAACAUCUUUGGCUGCGCGAUCUUUACCGUCUCGUGUUCGGAUUUCACAUCGAGGAAGCAGUAAGCCGGAAAGGUAUGAUGCUUCAAGUAUAGCUCUUUGGCCCACAUAGUUCCAUACGUUGUCUGUUGUGCUGGUAACGUACGGGUUCAGUUGCGUGCUCUCCAUAUGUCCGGCAAGCCUGAUAUGA